UUCAUUUACUGUGUUACCAUCAACAAAGCAUAUCCAUUUCCCACAGCACUGCGGUUAUUCAGUAUGAGUUGUGCAUCCGAUCAGCUCGCUCGCUUUUACUACAUCUGCGUGGUGAACUAUUUUUAACUUUUUACUUGCAUGUCAAGUAGGCAAUUGAUUAGAUUUGUUUUGGGAGACGCAAAUACCUAGGUGCAUCUUCUGAGAAAUAGCGAAAAUGGACGUGGAAAAUAAUUCGCCAGAAUCAACAAAAGCGGAAACGAGUUUCCAACAGUCCCAAGUACGGGCAGUUGACCCAGUGACCGGAGAAAUCAUCCCGAACGUUAACACCUACCAGCAGAAGAAAAACCUUGCCCAAGGCAUGAUGGACCUGGCCCUGGUCUCGGCCAACGCCAACCAGCUACGGUACGUGAUCGAAUCGUUCACCCGCCAUCCGUACUACUACUUCAGUUUGAUCUUCCUCUCGAUCAGUUUGGUCAUUCAGAUCGCGGUUGGCGUGGGACUGAUCAUGAACAGCCGCUACGAUGUCAACGACAAACGGGAGAUCUGCAAAGCGAACAAAAUCAACGAUCUGGUUACGAUCGGCAUCUUUCUGAUAACGCUUGUUAACGUGCUGAUAUCGGCUUUCGGGGUGGCACCGCAAGUGAACUGAUUGUGAUUGCUUUGUUUUCUGUAAUUUUGUUUUACUUAAGGUGCGAUUUAUUUAAAUAGUUUAGGGUUUUUAUUCAAUAGCAAAUACAAAAAUGUUCUUUUUUAUAUUAU